AUUUUCUGCUUGCCUUUCAGAAAAAAAAAGAAAAAUCCUUCAACAUUCAUUAGCAGCGUGAAAUAGAAGAUCGGGAAAAAAGUGAAGUUAAUGAAACUCUAGGUAUGAAGCCCGGGACCGAGCACAAUUCCCAAUCGAACUUUUAGCAGCGACGACCCAAAAGGGAGACCGUACGCGCAAUCAUGACCGACCACCACCGGACCAACGGGAGCACCGGGACCGGUCCUGGCGGCCACCUCAAACACAACGGCAAAAUUGCUUCUGUCGAACCGCAGCAACCUUCGAGUGCCGUGUCGUCCCUAAAACGCAACAAUAGCUAUCAUCAGCGAUUGAAAAAGUCGUACAGUGAGCAGUGCGCCGAGUACAACAAUGGCCAGCAAUCAACGGACAAGCUGGAGUGCGCGCCGGUGCGCAGCGGGUCGGCCAAGUGGAAGACGAAGCCGGUCAAGCCGGACCAACCGGCAGGUGUCACCUCGGCGGCUGAUGAGUUUAAACGCUUUCACACGCUACGCAACAGCUACGGUGGGAAAUCCAAUUUAAAUGUAAAUAGCAGCACCAACGGCGAGCCCUCCUCGAUGGCGAUAAAAACGCAAGUUCUGCUUCAUCAGCAGAAGCUGAAGGAGUACAGCAAACACUCGACCGUAUCAACGGUGGAUCCCAACAACGAUAGCUACUCGACCUGUUCCUCGUCCCAGUCGGACUAUCAGCAACCCCACAAGCACCACCACCACCACCGGUACCACCACAGCCAUCACACUCAGCCUCACGCUCAAACCCAGUACCAUCAGCAGUCGGUUCAGUACCCGGUGUCGGCGACGGUGGCCGCUACGGCUACCCUGACGCGACCAAGUGGGGCCUCGAUUCUGAAGAACAAGGACUCGGCCGCGGCGACGGCGACCGGGAAGAACUCGCUGAGGCGCGGUGCCGGCGGAUUAAGCACCCUGUCACUGUGCAGCUGCGAGGCGGACACGGAGAUAAUACCAAAUCCAUUAAGGCCAUUAUACCAGUACAGUUUGGACAGGAAGAACCCCCGGCAGCACACCUACACGUGCGAGCAGAACGCCCAGAUACUGAUGCGGCUCGAGAAGGACCGGCUGCGCAAGUUUGGCUCCUCGGGAAAGCUGACGUUUACCUCUUCGACCAACGACCUGACAGUGCUGCCUUCAUCCCACGGCGGCGGUGGACUUCAAAAAUCGGCCACGACAACGACCAUUCCGACGGCGACACCCGGAACAAACGGAAUCGGGAUGACAUCGUCAGCGUCCCAAGCAGCACCGGAACUCCUGGCCGGAAGUUGCAAUAACGAGAGUGGCACCUCGUACGACUACCACGGCGGGAGUAACUACAUCGAGGACGACUCGUACGUAGACGACAUGAUGAUUCCUCCGCCACCUCCCCCGCUGCUGAACCGGCGACCUUCGUACGGCUACAGCUGCAUCAUCCCGGCUAAUGAGACCGUAGUCGGUGGGGUCCCGUCGGCCGCCGCCGCCCUGGCUAAUGACCUGACCUCGACGAUGAGCGCCAACAAUGGCAUCAUUAAUAAUUAUCCCUCGAAUCAGCCGGACUUGUUCAAUUUCGCAUCGGCAUCGGUUGUGGGGACGCUCAAAUCGACGUUGAAGAAUAAAUCAACGUCCCGAGUUGACGGCGGAGUCGGUUCCGGCACGCCCCCGGCCGCCAUCGAUGUCAACAAGCAGCAAGCUAAGCUGAAGAAGAGCGGUUCCAACUUUGACAUAAUGAAUAAUGGCAACGCGAGCUCGUUCGGUGUCGACGGCAACGGGAACGCCGGCGAGAGCACACUUCCGGCGAAGCAGUUUCCACCGUACUAUUUCGACGAUAACUAUCUUAAUCACAGCUUACAUCAGCACUUUUACUACCAGAACCCGGCAGACGGCGGAGGGCUGGGGGUCGUCGGUGGUGGUGUCCCUGGCGGGGGUUUUCCUGUCAGUGGCGUAAAAAAUGAUACCGAAACUGGCCAGAUGUACCUGUACCACCACGAGCCAGCAUCCUACAUGCCGAACUAUGACACGCUGAACCUGUCGUCCGGCAAGUACAACACAAUCGGACCGGGUGGUGGCGGCGGCGGCGGUGGGGGUGGCCACCCCGGGGACUGCAUCGGCAAGUACGGACACCACGCGAGCUCGUGCAACCUGAACCAGUUCAGCGGGGCACCGAAGAGUAAUCUGAUUAGCAGCCACCAGCACCACUUUUCCAACUCGAUCAGCAAUUUCAACUUUAAUCCGUCGCAAUAUUUCGGGACGGGGUUGGAACCGCCGGGUGCGACCAUCAUCGGUGGGCCGGGUGGCGUGAUGGGUGAUGGAUUCACGUCCAGCAUCAGCCUCAACGGGACGCCCAACAAGCAGCAGCAGCAGCAGUCGGGGCAUCCGUGGAAGCACCGGCAGUGUCCCAGCAGGGGCUCCAGCAGCACCGGGUCGGGAUCGUCAAAGUGGGACCUACCUUCGCGCCAGUGGCUCGCGGUCACCUCGAUCCUGCUGAUUGCCGGAGCGGCCGGAGUGGCCGUCCCGCUCGCCUUAAAGGUUUCGGCCGGGGCACCGCUCGAGGAACGGCUCCAGGUCGCCGCCCAGCUGCUCGACACAGUGCCUUUAAUCGACGGCCACAACGAUCUGCCGUGGAACAUUAGAAAGUUUUUACAUAAUCAGCUCAACGAGUUCCGCUUUGACGACGAUUUGCGGCAGAUUCUGCCGUGGUCGAAAAGUGUCUGGAGUCACACGGACCUGCAGCGGCUGAAGCGGGGCCGGGUGGCGGCACAGUUUUGGGCCGCGUUCGUGCCUUGCGAGGCCCAGCACAAGGACGCGGUGCAGAUUACGCUGGAGCAGAUUGACGUAAUUAAAAGACUGACGGAACGCUACUCACCACAUCUGACAGCGUGCACAUCGGUUCACGAUAUCGUGGAGGCGCACAAAAACCAUCAAAUGUGUUCACUAAUUGGCGUCGAGGGGGGCCACUCGUUGGGCGGCUCGCUGGGCGUCCUGCGGAUCUAUUACACCCUUGGCGUGCGCUACAUGACGCUGACCACGACCUGCCACACGCCCUGGGCCGACUCGAACAACGCGGACGCGCCCAAGUACGACGUCAAGCACGGCGGGCUGACCGCGUACGGGAAGACCAUCGUCCGCGAGAUGAACCGGCUGGGCAUGAUAGUGGACCUGUCGCGAUCAUCCGUCGCCACGAUGAAGGACGUCCUGGCGACCUCGCAAGCGCCGGUCAUAUUUUCCCACUCGUCGGCGUACGCCCUGUGCAACUCGAGCCGGAACGUGCAGGACGAGGUGCUGGCGCUGCUCGCCAAGAACCGGGGCCUGGUGAUGGUCAACUUUUACAAUAAAUUUCUCAGCUGCGGCGAGAACGCCUCGGUCCAGGACGCAGCCGCACACAUUAAUCAUAUUAGACAGAUCGCCGGAAUCGAUCACGUGGGACUCGGGGCCGGAUACGAUGGCAUUAAUUUCACCCCACGUGGCCUCGAGGACGUGAGCAGCUAUCCGCGGCUUUUCGCCGAACUGCUCGGCCAGGGCUGGACCGCCGAGGAGCUGGAGCAGCUGGCCGGCCGGAACCUGCUGCGGGUGCUGGGGGCCGUCGAGAAGGUGCGCGAAAAUCAACGCCUGUCGGGGGUGCGCCCGUACGAGGACAUCCCGCCGGCGAUACGACCCGAGGAGCACGCCAACUGCACCACCAACAGUUAAUGAAGCCCAGGUAGCACCACCACCACCACCAUGAUGGUCAAAUCCCAGCGGCGGUGAUUCUCCUUCAGGGGGCGCAAAUCAACCAACCGAGUGUGAUGAUGACUAAUCGCGACUAGAAUACGACUUCAUCGGUGUCGUGACCACGUGACUGCGACUAAUUAUUAGGUACGUUCAGUAGAUAUUUUUAGGGGGAAAGUUUAUAUAUUUUUAGGAUCACAGUGAAUAUCUCCAUGAGAAAUGCCUUUUUACGUGAAAAUAUUUAAUGGAAGGUAGAUAAAAGCGUUACGUUACGUUCAUUCUGUUGAAAAAUUCCCUCUUUGUGGAAAAAUGGAGACAAAGUCAGCGAAACAAUGUAAAGUACUGUGAAGAAAGGAAAACAAAAACUUUUAGUCUGUUUUAAAAUGAAAGAAACUCAUGAAAGAUCUCUAGCGCUAAGCGUAAUCUGCAAAAAUGAGCAAAUGUUUCCACAGGAUGCCGGAAGGAAAGCUUUGCACGUUGUG